AUGACGUCUGAAUCUAAUCUUGGAGCUGGAGCUGGAGCUGCAGAUGACUCUAUACGAGCCGAGGACGGGCCAUUUGUGCCGGCUCUCAUUGUGGUUGACAUGCAGGAGGACUUCUGCCCACCCAACGGGUCUCUAGCUGUGCAAGAUGGUCGAACCAUUGCCCCUUUAAUCAAUGACCUCCUCGCCAAGCCUGGCUUCGUGACGCGCGUUGCAACCCUCGACUGGCACCCCGCAGAUCAUAUCUCCUUCGCCGCCAACCACCCUGCACCGAAUAACAAGCCCUUUGUGUCGUUGAUCGAAAUGAGAAACCCCGCCCCGGGAAAAGAUACUGAGACGAAGCCACAGCGCCUCUGGCCUAUCCACUGCAUGGCAGACAGCCACGGUGCAGCUUUGAUCCCAGAGAUUGAGAGCAAUCGCGUGGACUUGCUCGUCCGCAAAGGCCAAAACUCGCAGGUGGAAAUGUACUCUGCCUUCGCAGAUGCCUUUGGUAACCAUGGACUAACCGGAGCUGGGGGAUCUGUCGAUGUUGACCUGGCAUCUGAACUCCGGACAAAAGCCGUAACAGACGUCUUCGUAGUGGGAUUGGCUGGGGACUACUGUGUGAAAUCCACGGCACUAGAUGCUGUCAAGGCUGGGUUCCGAAGCUGGCUCAUCGAAGAUGGGACUAAAUGCGUCGUUCCGGCUGACUGGGAUAAGACAAGGGAGGAGCUUUGUGCUGCUGGAGUGGUCGUGAUCCACGCCAACGACGCGAUCAUCGUGAGGCUGGCAGCGGUAUAG